CAGCCGUAGCUGUAACAACAGCUAUCUGGCUGUACCGGGAUGGGAGGCAAGUGAAGUGGUUAUGUUUUUCUUGUGCGUGUUUAAUCUGUCAUGGCACUUUGUGGGAAGUGUCACAAAAACCAGUUGACUGUUGGACAUCAACUACACAGUAUAGUGACUGCAUUACAGUGGAAUUACAGGGUCUUACUGGUGGUACUUCUGAGUGUUGUAGUCAUGAUCCGUGGAGCAUCAGGAAGUCAUCGGUCUGGGAGACCAUCAUUUCCUCCUUAUGCACAUCAUGAGGCAGUUACCUCCCUUGCUGCCAGCCAGAAUAGAUUUACAUGUGAUCUGUACACAAAACUUGCUGAGAAGAAGUCAGGCAACCUCUUUUACUCACCCUUCAGUAUUAUGACAGCUUUAGGAAUGACAUAUGCUGGAGCAGGAGGAAAUACUGAACAAGAAAUGCGCUCUGUUAUGCACCUGAGUGAUGACAAAGAAGUUGUUCAUGAUGCAUUUAUGGAUGUUGUGUCUGAUAUGAAGACUGAUGCUGGAGAUUAUGAACUUCGCACAUCAAACAUGGCCUAUGUGUCAAACCAUCUGCCAUUACUGAGCCAGUAUGAUAAAAUCCUGAAAGAAAAGUAUCAAAGCACUGCUAAAACUGUUGACUUUGGUGCAAGUGAGGAAGUGAGGCAGGAGAUAAAUGCAGCAGUUGAGAAAGAGACCAACUCCCGCAUAAAGGACCUCAUUCCCUCAGGUGCUCUAAAUUCCUUGACAAGGAUGGUGCUUGUGAAUGCUGUUUAUUUCAAGGGGUUAUGGGCUAAGCAGUUUGAUGAAGCAGAUACUUAUGACCGAGAGUUCUGGACCUCAAACACUGAGAAUGUCAAGGUGCCCAUGAUGUACAAGAAAUCUAAGUUUCGCAUCUUCUUUGAUAAAGAUCUUGGAGCCACCGUCUUGGCAAUGGACUACCAGGGUUCCAGAUUGAGCAUGGUGUUUGUGUUACCUGAUAAACGAGAUGGUUUAGCAGAAGUUGAAAGCAAAUUAGCCACAACAGAUCUGAGUGAACUUCACAGGAAGUUGCAUGAAGAUGAAGUUGAGGUCUCCCUUCCUAGAUUCAAGUUAGAAGAAACACUUGAUCUGGUUGACACUCUGAGUGAGAUGGGAAUGAAGGAUCUUUUUGAUGAACGGUCAGCUGACCUGUCUGGGAUCUCAGGCAAAAAGAACCUGUUUGUCUCCAAAGUGAUUCAUAAAGCUUCCCUGGAAGUAAAUGAAAAAGGCAGUGAAGCUUCUGCAGCAACAGGUGUCGUGGCGCAAGUAAGAAUGCUUAUACGUCCCAUUCCUCCUUUUAUUGCUGACCAUCCAUAUAUGUUCUUCAUCUAUGAUCAACGUUCUGGUUUGGUGCUUUUUGUUGGUAGACUUGUUAAACUGUAAUAUGAUUCUAUCUAUAUACUGAUGUUAGAUCAGUGUAAUCAAAAUUUUAUGAAGGCUUAAUUUAUUCAAGUUUAGAUUCCAUCAUUAUACUGUAUUUAGGGAUCUGGGAUAUAUUUUACCAAGCAUUAUUUCUGGUUUGGUAUCCUGAAGGAAAACAAGAUAUGAUUUAAGAGGCAGUGAAUUUUGAAAAUUAUAAGCUAAAUUCAUAUGAAAAAUAAUUUUCAAAUAUAAUGUAAAUGAUAAUAUUGAAAAUAAUAGAAUAAUAGGACAAUAUGACAUUGUAUAACUUCUGCCUUCCUCAUGCUGAUUGGAUAAUAUUUCAGUUUUCCUCAGCUGAAUGGCAAUUGUAAAUAAUCACCAAAAAGAAAUAAAAAUUGCAGUAGCCUUAAUGUGAGCCAAUAUAAUCAUACAUAUUUUGGUUCUUAAAGUAGUAAAAAUGUCAAAUCAGCCAUUUUUGACAGCAUAUUGUUUUGUACUGCAUUCAAGAAAGUUAACAGGAUGAAUUUUCAUGUUGCUGAGACUGUCUCAGUCAAUGAAAUUAUUAGAGUAAUAGCACAUUCAACAUUUUUUGUACACUCAAGCAAGCAGCUUAAUUCUUCUUUCAGGUGAGAUUCCUGAUCAUAAAGCUAAGUCAAGAGAGAUAAUUGUUUGGUUACCUCCGGUAGACUAGAGUAAACAUAAUGUGAAGUGAUACGGUCAUUAUUAAAAAAUCUUUUUCGGCAGUCAAGAGAUAUUUUUUUGUUUAUAUAUAUAUAUAUAUAUAUAUAUAUAUAUAUAUAUAUAUAUAUAUAUAUAUAUAUAUAUAUAUAUAUAUAUAUAUAUAUAUAUAUAUAUAUAUAUAUUAAGGCAUCCUCCUUGGACGCUUACCUAAAUAGUCAUCUUCAGUUGUUAGACCUGAUGUAUCGAAUUAUGUGAUUAGCUGUACCACUCUCAUUAAAAUCUGGUGUUUGAAUUAAUUGUUUAGUAAUUUUUUGUUACUUUAGGUAUGGCAGGUGGCAUGACCACCUCAUCUCAGUCAAGGUCAGUAUUAUUAUUAUUUAUUUAUUUAUUUAUUUAUUUAUUUAUUUAUUUAUUUAUUUAUUUAUUUAUUCUUAUUAUUUUUUUUUUUAAUGAAAUGUAUCUUAUUUAAUAUUAAUAUCUUAAGCAGCUUGAGGUGUGAUGGUCUGCAGUCUGCAGUAAAUGAUGCCUCAAUGUAUCUUGUAUAAUGUUAAUUCAGCAGUUUGAGGCAUGAUGAUCUGAAGCCUGCAGUACAUGAUGUCCCAGUACUGGGCAAGUUUUAGUGUAGCUGAUCUAGCCCUUGUAGUAGAUAAUGUAACUAAGUUUUAUUCAGUGAAUAUAUAAGAAUUGGUCACUUCUGAAAAGUGAAAAAUCUGCAAUUGCAAAAUAUGAUUUUGUUUGUGGAUCUACAUUUGCAAUGAAUGAUAUGCAAAUUUGUGAUUGCAUUUGUGGAAACUAAAAGCUACAUGCAAACUUUUAUUUAUAUUUAUUUAUUUAUUUUAUUUAUAUUAUUCCAUCUAUUAGUAUAGAUGGUCCAGUACUGAUUAUAUAUAUAUAUAUAUACUAUUGACAUUUUCCUUAAAAAGUGUAGUCAAGGCAAGAUAUCUACAUAAUUAAUGCCUUAUCUCAUUUUAGGAAUAAAAAGAUAAAGAGCAGGAUAAUUCUCAGCCCUAGCUCCAUCUCAUCAAGUUAUCUUUAAGAAAGAAAGGCACUGGGAAUAUGAUGGCAGUAUUCUACAAAGGCCACUGUAGAGUGUGUAGCUAGGCUGUUUCCCAAUAGUAUAUUAUUAUUAUGAUGGCAUUUCAUUUUGGCAUAACAUUUUGCUAUAAAUCACUAGUAUAUCAUGUACCCCACUUAACAAAUUGCCUACUUUUAGUUAAAACAACUUAAUUAAGAUUUAACUGAAAUGGAUGAGUAACUAGACCAGAGGUUUUCAAACUUUAUUGCUUAGUGGCUCAUUAAUGAUACAUCAGGGACUUCGAUGGCACACCAACUCUAUAGUUAGUGUAGUGUAUACCUAUCCAUGAAAAUUUUGAGGUGCACUUGGAGAAUGCUCACAGCACACUUCUGUGCUGUGGUGCACAGUUUGAGAAUCACUGAACUAGACCAUUGAUUAUGAAUACAUCUUCCUAAACUUAACAUAAUGCUCAAGUGGUAUUCACAACAAGAUAAAAUCAAUGAUAGUGGGAUUUGUAUUUUCACAUUUGAUGAAAUGAAGUUUAUUUGGAGUGCCCAGCCCUGCUGUAAACACUAUGUGAUCAAUAUUAGUUAAAUUCUUUCAUACACCUUUUCAUACACCAAAAGUUUAACAAGUUUCUGUUUCCUCUGUGACAUCCCACUGGGGCUCAAUGAGGGGCCUCAUAGAAUUGCCUGACCAUGUGACAAAACAUUUUAUUGUGUAAUCGCUUUCACCCACAAAUAUUACUUUUCCUAACAGUAUUAUACAUGCAUUGUUGGCUUUGUUGGAGAUUAUUCUACCUUAUGAAAGAAAAACAAGAAAUGCAAAUAUAUAGCAAACUUGACCCACUAAAAAGAAAAGAUAAAGAGAAACAAUAAAUACUUGCAUUUGCCACAUCAUAGGUAUAAUCUUUUGUAGUCAAUUGUUAUGCUUUAUAUACCAGCAAAGUGAAUUUUUAUGCAACCAUUGCAUUGCAACCUUAAAGAUUUUCAUAUGACCUGUAGUUCUUGAGAGAAUAGAGAACUGAAACACAUGUUGGAAGAAGAGACACCAUAUAUGGAGCUCACAAGCUGCCAGCUAAAAGGACACUUGUUCAUGGGCAUUGAUCAUUUAAAAUCCACAUAUAUGGGAGAGUUACCAGUUAGCUCAUUUGAUAAUCUAACUUGGAUCUUUGAUGGAGCAAAGUUUGACAAUUCUUAUAGCAACUGUGUUUCUAGCAAUUUUUAUUAUUAUUAUUAUUAUUAUUAUUAUUAUUAUUAUUAUUAUUUAUUUAUUUAUUUAUUUAUUCAUUUAUUUAUUUAAUUAUUAUUUUUUAAUGUAAUUUCCAUUAAAAAGCUCAAAUUGUAGACAAUUCUGUUUUGACGCAAAUUGGAUCAGGGUACAUGAAAUUGUUAAUAUGAAACCAACUCCAAGAGGGCCUUUUCCAGAGGACUAACUUUGUUUGGUACAUAAGGGAAACAUGUCAGUAGUCAAUAAAGUUAUAUCUGUAACCAUUAAAAACUGUUUUUAAUUAUUUACUCAUUAUAUACAUGUUUCUUUGUUGGGUAUAAGGUUAUAAUCUAUUCAUCAUCUAAUUUGAAGUUGUAUAGUUUUCAAUACUGCACUAACUAUCCUUUUGGUAACUAUGUUUCUUUUUUUUCCAAGUUUUUCUUAUCUUCUUAUCUCACAACACUCACAUUAUUCAUCUCUAUUUGUUUAUGUUUAGAGUACCUUUGUUUAUAUUUUUGUUGAUUUACAUAGUGAUCUUACCUUGAUAGGAAUCAUCGUUUAGGACAGCAGUCACCAAAUUCUGUUGGAUCAGCUUAGCAUCCUACAUCUCUUUUAACUUCAGUAUUAUUUUUACAAUUGAUUGUUUCAUUCCUGAUGGUGUCCACACUAGGCAUAUGUAAUCCCAGGAGAGCUGGAGACAUGUGUCAACAACUUUCACUUAUGAGCAGAUUGAAUAAUUACAAGUUUAAAUUAUAGGCAGAACUCAAUACAUAACUUUCACUUAUGAGCAGAUUGAAUAAUUACAAGUUUAAAUUAUAGGCAGAACUCAAUAAGUUGUGGUCUCUGAUUUGGCCCAACAGUUUGUCAUUUGUGAUUUUCAAUAAUUUACGAACAUGCCUAUCUGUAAUUCACUUUUACAUGCAUUAUCUGUCGACAUUAUAACCUUAAGGCAGCCAUUGUAUUUAUUAAAUAUCUCAGAGACAAGUAAAUCAACUUAAGCAAUUAUGUUAUAGCACAGAAAAGAUAUCAAAAGCACUGUAAUAUGGAGCUUAAUGCUUCAAGAGUCAAAUAUCAGUCAAACUGGAGAUGAUACAGAUAGCUUUGAUAACAAUUGGAAAAAUUAUGUAGAAAGUUGGAGUGUAUGGUGAGUGGCAGGAAUGAAUUGAAGGAAACAAGGGGCAGGUGCUGUGUUAUGUUAGUACAAGGUGAACAGAGUCCUGCUUUUUGAAUAUCUGUCCUGCUUAUAGUGAAAUAUUCUGCUUUUUCGAUACUUAUCUUGCUUUUUCAUGAUCUUCCCACUUCAAAUGAAAAACAGGUACCUUAUUAAAGUUUAUUAUUUCACUAGCUGUUUAUUAACUUCAUGGUGUACCUUUCCCAUAUCCUCAUGUCAUUAUAAUACAGGUUUCAUAUGUGCCACACUGAGUCAUCAUCCACUACUGCCAGUGUGGUAUUUAAUUUAGGGUAUGCAGACCUAUGAUAACACUAAGCACCCUAAAAGUACACAGGCUUGAGACUAUUUUGGAUACUUAGCCAAGUUGUCUGCAGCAUGGGUAGAAAGUAGGCUGAGGUGAAGUGAUGAGUUGCUGUGCUGGAGAUCAUGCAUAUAAUUGAAGAAUCCUUGAGUGUAACUGACUGGAUCUUGCAUCAUGGUAGCACAGGCUACUCAGGGAGAGCAUUUUACUUAAAACCUCUGAGCAGACAUAAAAAAUGGGCAGGGACAAAUUGACUUACUGGUAUCUUAAGUACAUCUCUUCUCAUGUGUCUCUCCUUUUCUCUCUCUCUCUCUCUCUCUCUCUCUCUCUCUCUCUCUCUCUCUCUCUCUCUCUCUCUCUCUCUCUCUCUCUCUCUCUCUCUCUCUCU